AUGCUCGUUGCACGCUCCCUCAGCGGAGCUCAAUUUGUGAAACUGCUGUUAUUUAUGUGCGUGUGUUACCAAAAUUUAUGGCUUAUUAAUGGGGCGACUGUGUCGCCUUUGCGUAUAAAUCAUCCAAUCAAACCACAGCAAAGGAAUAAUGAAUACCUACCACCUCCUACAACUGAGAGCUAUGUUGAGAAAUCGAUUGACUACAACUCAAACAGUGUCAGACAACCGGCAUAUCAAUCACAGCUGGUCAACAAAAUGUCUCAACCAGCGACACAGUUUAGCAAUAAAAAUUUAAGCACAGUACCACAAGCCAGCAAAACGCUGUACACUUCUUAUGCUGCACCAGCUUCUGGUUCCGCACCAUUCCUGUACUCCAUGCCACAACAAGCUAACCAGGUGCCGUUGCCGAAACUUUUCCCUAGGUCGUUUGUAGAUGAACUUUCAGCAGCCACUGCCACCCAACCGCAACCACAAUUGCAAUCAAAAUAUCAACGUCAGCCACAACAGCAACAGCCGCAGCCUCAACAGCAGCAGCAGCAGCAUCAGCCAUUGCAGCAACAACAAAGACAACAACAAUAUGAAAAGCAACUAACCGCUGCGCCUAUUACCAACGCACAGCUGCUUAUGAUCGAGGAGCCCACAACUACUCUGCUGACGCCUAGCCAAAAUCUCACAUUAGAAGCGGCACGUAUUUUAGCCUCCACGUUGUUGGAGGCCAAUGGCGAAGCACCGUUGGAAACACCUGGCCUCGCACCACUCUCCAAUCCAAAUGCGCUGGAACUGCCAAAUGGCCUGAACAGUACCGAUGUUUUGAUUUUGAAAUCACAGAAGAACGCGUACAUAAUACCAAUGCAACUGGCUAAAGAUGUCCGGAAUCCAUCAACCGCACGAGCGCUCUAUCAAAUGCGCGAUCAAUUUGAAAAGGCUUACACGAUAAAUCAAUUUGUUUUCAUCAUUAAACCGGAACGAAUCAACUUCUUGAAUAAAUUGGUUUAGUUUGGUGGCGCUGAUUUGAUUAAUGGUUGUUUGGUGGAU